UUGAGGAAUAUAGCUGUUGGAUCCAAGAAAAAGCAAGAACUUUUGAAUUAAAACUACUUUUAUUGUCAUUGUUUUGCAACAAUGACAAGGAAAUUUGAGCAUCUUCUUCUUAUAUUCUGAAAUGCUUCAUAAAAAUCCACACACUAUGCAUAAAUAUACAGAUAAAUAAACUGUGAAUGUACUAAAUGUGAGGGGCAAAAGGGAUACUAGUGCAGAGGGGAUCACAUAAACUAAACAGUUUUAAUCUGUGAAACUGGUUUGAUUGCACAAAUACAGAGAAAGUUGAUAUUUAAAUGUGAUUUUGCUUUAGGAAAGAAAUUGUUUGUCCAGGAUCUGUUUGACCUGAAGGUAAAAUUUCACAUCUAUGGUCACUGGAAUGAGAGGAGUCCUGGAUUUUGUGUUUGUCUCUACUGAGGAAGUGAGAGCUGGCGAUGUGAGAACACACUGUGAUUCUCCAGGUCUGCGUACAUCUCUCCAGUCUGCUGCUGACGUCCCUGCAUAUCACGCUGUGAUGCUGUACAUAAGGAUGUCCCCUAUAGUGGCUCUAUAGAUUGUCCUGUCAACAGCUUCUCCUUCAGGUUCUUCCUUCCAAGUACCCUCAGGAAGUGGAGUUGAUGCUUGGCUUUUUUUCUACUGCUGUGGUUGCAGUUAAGAAAAGGUUGUCUGAGAGCUGCAUGGUAUUUUCAUGAAGUCUCUGUUGAUGUGGAGAGGGGCUGGAUCCAUGCUUCCUGUCAUGAAUGAUUCUUUGGAUCUUGCGCUGUUCAGUGGACAUGUUCUUAGAGCACUGCACCAACAAUCUGCAGAGCUCAUGUCUGGAGUUGAAGAUGUGGUCAAAGGUGAGCCUGACCAAACCUAAUUAUAAAAGUUGAGAAGGGUUGAAAUGCGUUUUAUGGUGGACCAUCUCUGAAUCCUAGAAUGAAGGUAGAGUUUGACAGUCAAUAAUCUACCGGCAGGUGAACUAGUUUAAGGUCAAAUAUAGAAGUCUCAGGUAUGAUUUGGUUGAAGACUGAGAUGACGUCAAGAAAAAACAACCUCCCAAUACUCCAGAUAAUGCACCACAGUGUGGAGGACUGGGGUGAUUGCAUUGUUUGCUCUGCUAAUGGGGGUCCAGAGCAGGUGAUGAACGAUUUUUUUUCUUUUUUAAACCUGUGAGGACUGAAACAGUGACCCAACCCUAAAGUUGUUGAGAGACUGUCAACUAGGAAACUAACAAUUCACUUUCCCCACCAUUUGGUUCAAACCUGGAUUUAUCGCUCACAUUUUUUUUAUUCGACAUAUGAUUUUGUGUAUCACAAAGAAGCAACAAAAGAAUAAAAAUGAAAAUAUAUAUUUUUUUUAAAUUGACUAAUAAGCAAGUAACAUUAAAAAGCUUUUCAGUCCAUACAGGGUUUUUUUUUUGCCUCUUCAUGCACCUACUUUUUCAUGUAUUUUUAUACUUGUUUUUUCUUCUUUUUUGCAACAUGUUUUAUGUGCAAAUAAAAAAAAUCAAAAUAAAAAAAUCAGUUGGCUCAUUCUACGUCUGUUGUAAGGUAAUAAAACAAUAACUACAAAAUCCUUCUUAAAUUUAGCAGAAUUGUUUGACAGAAGAGAUGCAACAAUUCACUUUUCCCAUAAUUCGGUUUAAUAGUGUAGUUUACGUUUAAGUUUUUCAUCUGAAAUUGUGGAAUACCUACUGUUCACUGUCUUUUAGGAACAGGCAUGAUGGUUGAGGUUGCAGGCUUUGGGGGCAAAACAUCUUAAUUUUAUUACAGUUAAGAAGGUUUACACAACAAAAAAAAUGGUGGGCAGAACUACAUUUAAAAGCAUAGUUUUAAACUUUACUUAUUUUACAUAUAUAUAUAUAUGUCCUCCAUCGUGAAAAAAUGACAAAAGAACAUGUUAAAAACACAAAAAAAACCCCACUAUUUUCAAAGGAAUGGGUAGUUAAAAAAAGGGCUCAACAACAAAAAAAGUUUUUGAGUUUUUACCAGACUUCAUCAAUAUUCAAAUAUUUUUGUUUAAUAUUCGGUUACACGGUUUAGAUUAAAGGCAUGUCUUAAUCUUAAUCUGUGUCUCUUUUUCACCUGAACAUUGUGAGCUUGUAAUACUGGUUUCCGUCGCUAGGGGGUGUCGUUUCCCCAAUUCUCCAACACUAUUCUCGCCCGUCUAAGAGAUUGACCAGAAAUGUUGGCAAAAAUCCCCCCUCCUCCUAAUCGGAUAAAAAAAAAGAAAUGGCGGACAAGCGCGUAAACAUAAGAAACAAAUAAACACGUUACAAAGCAAGGUAAACAUCUCCGGAUACACCGUCAAAAUGCCUGACAUGUGUCUGGCUGCAGUUGCCUGCCGCUAAACUCGGCAUGCUGUUUAGCUUUCCUAAUGCUAAUGUUUGUAAUCAGGUCAACGAGCUAGCAUGCCAGCUAGCAUGCUAAGCUAGCAUCCAGGGCACAUUUGCGUGUUUGUGUGCAUGCUGAACGUAAAAGGCGUUUCUGGCAACGUGCAUGCCGCAGAUCACCAGUGCCUUUUUGAUAUGUGAUAUUUAAAAGCUUCUUUUAAAGAAAGAAAUAUUAACAUUAUUGUUAUCGCGCAACCUUCACUUGAAUUAAUAUUUCAUGUAAAUAUAUCCUUUGAGGGCGGAGGAGGGGUCGCGUGCGUUUGCUUUGUGUUAUGAAUGGAGCUCAAAAACAUACAGGAACUUGUACGACGGUAUUCAAAAACCGCGUUUUAUACAAAUGUCGGACCAAGCUAACGAGCCGAAGUUUUUAUUAUUAUUAUUUGGAAGGUGAGCCGAGCGGCAGGAGGAGGACGGUGUACCUGCCCGCGCGCUCUCAUGUUAGUUAAUAGUCUCUUCGUUAUAUUACGUGUAUAGUUUGGGGAAAAAAACAAGGAGCGGGUCGCUUUAAUUUGGACGCCGUCCCCCCUUGACGGUGGAAAAAGGCGCACUUCUCCUGUGUUCAUCCCAAAAGGAAGAAUGGUGGAAAACGGUUAUGAAGUUUUAAGAUGUUUGCCCCGUCCAGUUAUCACAAAGCAGUUGUUGUUUCUUAGUUUUUCUUAACAUUGGAGGCUGCUGUUGCAUCGGAGCAUGAAGAAACCUGUGCUACAGAAAGCCACAGAGUGGAAAGAUACCCAAAAGAUCAAGCAUGCGCGGAGUGGACGACCCUCCCGAGUGGCCUCGCAGUACCAAGCGGAGCAUUUUAGUUGGGAGAAGUACCUAAAAGAGACCGGGGCUAUCCCUGCUCCCCCAUCAUGUUUCAGACAGAGUCUCACCCCCCCGGCUAACGAGUUCAAAGCGGGGAUGAAGCUGGAGGCUCAGGACCCGCGCAACACCACAUCCACCUGCAUCGCCACCGUGGUAGGGCUGACGGGGUCGCGACUGCGGCUGCGCUUGGACGGCUCUGACAACAAGAAUGACUUUUGGCGCCUGGUGGAUUCCUCGGAGAUCCAGCCAAUAGGCAGCUGUGAAAAGAGUGGAGGCAUGCUGCAGCCACCGCUCGGUUUUCGUCUAAACGCAUCCUCUUGGCCAAUGUUUCUGCUGAAAACCCUAAAUGGCGCCGAAAUGGCUCCGCCUCGCAUUUUUCACAAGCAGCCUCCAGCUCCAGAGCAGAACUCCUUCAAAGUGGGCAUGAAGCUGGAGGCCGUGGACCGCAAAAACCCCCACUACAUCUGCCCAGCCACAGUCGGCGCACUGCGCGGUGUCGAGGUGCUGGUCACCUUUGACGGAUGGCGUGGAGCUUUCGAUUACUACUGUCGCUACGACUCCCGAGACAUCUUCCCAGUCGGCUGGUGUACCCUCACCGGAGACAACCUUCAGGCCCCCGGCACCAAAGUGGUGCUGCCUAGGAAUCCCGAAACACCUACAGACGGAGGUGUGGAGAACUCUGCCAUGAAUCCCACCCCCCCGGUGGGCAGACCUCCGGGUCAAAGAGGACGUAAGCCAGGUCGCAGGAAGGUGACGGCGCCCUGGAACCAGAAGGCGUCUGCACUGGAACCACAGAGCAUCCAGCCGGUCAAAAGCCUGGAGCCUGUCAAGAUCUCUAAGAAGCGGGGGCCGAAACCGGGCAGUAAGAUCGGUUGGGCCAAAAGGGCCGGCUGGUUGGAGGAGGCCAUGGCUGGUCCGGGACGGCCGGUGACCGGAUUAGGGCGAACCAGAGGAAGACUGCCGACUAACUGGAUGCAGAGGAUAGCUCUGCAGCAGGCCCAGGAGGAACCCAUCAGGAUCCCAAAGAAAAGAGGACCCAAGCCUGGCAGUAAGAGAAAACCCAGAGUGGUGCCUAAUCCCGCCCCCACGUCCCCCACCAGCAGCACUCCAGAGCCGGACACCAGCACUGUGCCGCUGGACAACGCCACCAUCCCCAACUCAGCUCUGCAGGCUCCCACAGUUUGUGUGUACCUCAACAAGUAUGGCAAAGUGGGGCCCCAUCUGGACCAGAGGCGCAUCCAGCAGCUUCCCGACCACUUCGGUCCAGGCCGAGCCUCGUCGGUGCUCCAGCAGUGCGUUCAGGCUUGCGUAGACUCCGCCCACAAUCAAGCGACGGUCUUUUCCUGUCUGAAGUCCGGACAGGGUGGUGAGGUCAUAUCAGCCUUCUUCGACCAGCAGCAGCACACCCUGACCCUGCCGACGGUCAGCAGCGUCACCUACGUCCUCCGCUUCCUGGAGAAGCUCUGCCACAACCUUCACUGUGAUGCCCUCUUUGGUAGCCAGCCUGUAGCCAGAGGAAGUCUGCACUACAACAGCCACGCGUACGCUACAGAGAGGAAGAGUUUUGGAGAGCGUCUGACAGCAGGCCGAGCCACCAAGCACUUCCUUCAGGAGUUUAGCAGCCCUCUGUCUCAGAAAAUGGCUAAACUCCCCAGACUCUCCACUGAUGGCGAGUCUUUCUCAGAGAAAAAACCAACAGCUGCAGAGCACUUAAAGAAGAGUCCCGUUUUUUCUAAUUCUCCAGCGCUGUCGCCGGCCCUCAGGUUGUCCUCAAAGCUGCUGCAUCACAGCAACUCUACAGGAUCAGGUAGUUUCAGAGAAAGCCCCAAGCCCAGCAAACAGGAUCCAAACCUGUGGACUGUAGAGGAAGUCAUGCAGUACAUUAGAGAUAUUGACCCAGUGCUGGCUCCACAUGCGGACCUCUUCAGAAAACAUGAAAUUGAUGGAAAAGCCCUCCUGUUGCUGCGCAGCGACAUGAUCAUGAAAUACAUGGGUUUGAAGCUUGGCCCCGCACUCAAACUUAUCUUCCACAUCGACAAGCUGAAAAAAGCCUGAGAAGAAUCUUUCUUCUGCCAGAACUCAGUGUUUUUGGGUCCGU